AUGGCGACUGUUCAUGCUGCAUUACAUGCGGCGGAUGCUUCUUCUUCGGGAUCGAGUUCUCCAGUGACGGCGUCGUUAUAUGUCGGAGACUUACACCCUUCCGUCACCGAAGGUAUACUCUACGACGCGUUCGCCGAGUUCAAGAGCUUAACUUCUGUUCGUCUCUGUAAAGACGCUUCGUCUGGUCGCUCUCUCUGUUAUGGCUACGCUAACUUUCUCUCGCGUCAAGACGCUAACCUUGCCAUUGAGAAAAAAAAUAACAGUUUGUUGAAUGGAAAAAUGAUUCGAGUAAUGUGGUCUGUUCGAGCACCUGAUGCUAGGAGAAAUGGGGUUGGAAAUGUCUUUGUUAAGAAUUUGCCUGAGUCAGUCACCAAUGCGGUUCUGCAAGAUAUGUUCAAGAAAUUUGGGAACAUUGUUUCCUGUAAGGUUGCAACUCUUGAAGAUGGAAAGAGUCGGGGAUAUGGUUUUGUUCAAUUUGAGCAAGAAGACGCUGCACAUGCUGCUAUUCAGACCUUGAAUAGUACCAUUGUUGCUGACAAGGAGAUCUAUGUUGGAAAAUUCAUGAAAAAGACUGAUCGAGUGAAACCUGAGGAAAAGUACACGAACUUGUACAUGAAGAAUCUCGAUGCAGAUGUCAGUGAGGAUCUUUUAAGGGAAAAGUUUGCAGAGUUUGGGAAAAUUGUUAGCCUAGCAAUUGCAAAAGAUGAGAACCGAUUAUGUAGAGGAUAUGCAUUUGUCAACUUUGACAACCCAGAGGAUGCAAGACGGGCAGCUGAAACAGUGAAUGGAACAAAAUUUGGUUCGAAGUGUCUAUAUGUAGGAAGGGCGCAAAAGAAAGCAGAACGGGAGCAACUGCUAAGGGAACAAUUUAAAGAGAAACAUGAAGAACAGAAGAUGAUAGCCAAGGUGUCAAACAUAUAUGUGAAAAACGUCAAUGUUGCUGUUACUGAGGAGGAGCUGAGAAAACACUUCAGUCAAUGUGGCACAAUCACUUCGACAAAGCUGAUGUGUGAUGAGAAAGGAAAAAGCAAGGGGUUUGGAUUUGUGUGCUUCUCAACACCUGAAGAAGCUAUUGAUGCUGUGAAAACCUUUCAUGGGCAAAUGUUUCACGGGAAACCACUAUAUGUGGCUAUUGCUCAAAAGAAAGAGGACAGAAAGAUGCAGUUACAGGUUCAAUUUGGGAACCGUGUGGAAGCUAGAAAAAGCAGCUCUUCAGCUUCUGUCAAUCCAGGGACAUACGCUCCACUUUACUACACAAACACUCAUCCCGGGAUGGUAUAUCAAUCAUACCCGCUGAUGUGGAAGUCUGCUAACAUGAUUGGUUCAUCAUACCCAAACUCUGAAGCAGUCACAUAUCCCCCAAUGGUUGCUAAUGCGCCAAGUAAGAAUAGGCAGAACAGAAUAGGAAAGUUGGAUAGGAAUGCUGUUUCGUAUGUGCCAAAUGUGUAUCAGUCUACUCAAAUGCUUCCUUUGUCAAGAGAUUUUUCGAAGCAGCAGCAUAGCAGAACCUAUGGUCGUGGGAAAGAAAUGAAGAAAUCAAUCCAACAGAGACAGUCUGAAACAGUUGGGAUGGAGAUGCAAUUGCUCGGAGAGUUGCUACACCCUCUUGUCGAGAAACUGGAGCCCCAGCUUGCAAACAAAAUCACAGGGAUGCUUCUGGAAAUGGACAAGUCGGAAUUGCUUCUUUUGCUGAAAUCACCAGAAGACUUGGCUGUUAGAGUUGAUGAAGCGUUUGAAGUUCUGAAAUCAUCCAAGACAAAUCUGACCGCUCCAAACACUCAUCGUUCUGAUUACUUGGCGUCUGGCAUUGCUGGCGUUUCGAUUAAGUGAAGAACAAAGUGGAAAACAAACUAGUUACCUCGGUUGCUACUUGCAACAUAAACUCUUGUGGGAUUCUCUUUUUCUUUUUUUGGUUUCAGUUCUUGGAUUGCUAUUCUAGUUUGGUUUUAUUUUCGUGUGAAAUACAGUUUCAGAAAUGAUUUCAA